AAUUAGAAUUGAUUAAUUAAAAUGACUGCUACACAGUCCUCAGACACAUUGACUCAAGAUGGAGAAACAGAAAAUCCGUUUAGGACAAAAUCAGAAUCAAAACCCAAUGCUAUGUUACCUUCUGUUGGAUCAACAAGCAGCAGUAUCCAUGGCAGUAAAGUCCCUGUAUUUACAGGCGAAAGACUUGAAAUCCGACUCCAUGAAAAAGAUCUGAAAAUUUUAAUGUCUGGUUUUCAUCCUGAUGGCGUCGUUAAAACUGAAGUAUUGGAGAAAAAUGAAUCACUGAAACUUGAUCGUGAUGAGUUCAGCACAAAACUUUCUACUUUGGUAAAUAAAGGCACAAAGGAAGAAUAUGCAGAACUUUUUGAUAGAAUCGACAUCACAAAAUCAGGAAGAGUGACUUGGGAUGCAUUCGUACAAUUUAUGUUAUAUGAAUUUCUUGAGAAAGAUGAAAAAGUCAAAACAACGCAGGUUCCUCAAUGGAAAGAACUCAGAAUUAUUCAAACGCCACACAAAGAUACAAUUGAAAGAAUUCAACACAUGCGUUCUUCGAAUCGUUACUUAUCUAUGAGUCGUGAAGGCUGCAUUUCAUUUUGGGAUCAUCAUCUGAAAUUGCAAAAGAGUUUGAAACUUGCUACAGAAUCCGUGAAACCACGUGAUCUAUGGGUUACUGAUUUUGUUCUGCUACCAAAUUUGAAUAAAAUUGCAGUUUCAUUUACGAGCAAAGAAAUUGCAUUUUAUGACUUAGGCUCAAAAGUUGAAUUCAACUGCCAGUAUAAAUUGAAGGGAUUGCACAGUACACCCUUAUGUAUGGAUUUUUAUGGUAAUCCUGAAGAUCCAAAUGAAGCUAUUUUGGUUUAUGGAGAUGUGGGUGGACAAGUUUCUGCUUUAUGUUUUUCCUCAGCCCAAAUUGCCCUUUUUGACAGACCACAGAGAGAGGCUUCUGACAACAAACAGCAAAACAAUGCUACAGUUUAUGUGAGACUAAAAGAAUUGGUUAGAGAUACAUCUAAGCAUAAAAACUGUAGAUUCGUUCAUCACAUUGGACAUAAAGGUUGGGUAAGGCAAGUGAAAUAUGCAGAACACCUGGAGUGCUUUAUAAGUUGUUCUACUGGAAGAGAAAAAACAAUCAUUCUUGGUUUUAUUGAAAAAGCAAGCACAACAAUGCGUACCACAUCUUUUCGGUUUCAUCAUGGUGUGCAUUGCUUUGAUUAUCACCAGCAAAUGAAUCUUAUUGCGACAGGUAGUGUGAAUAAUCAUGUCUGCUUAUGGAAUCCUUAUGUUAUAUCAAAACCAGUUGGAAUUUUAACUGGUCAUAUGGCAGCUGUUGUACGAGUUACUAUAAAUUUUAACAGACAACAAUUGAUGAGUUUCUCAGUCGACAAGGUGCUUCGUGUUUGGGAUAUUCAACAACAAGUUUGCUUGCAACGUUUGGCUGGAAUUUUCCCAAAAGGUCCAGAAGUUCAAACGAUAUUAUAUUUUGAUGAUAUUAAGAAUCGGUUGUUCGUUACAUUCAAUUAUCAACUGACAAUGCUUGAAAUGAAAAUUGAAAUCCGAGAUAGAGUGAUGACUCAUGAACGUCCAGUCACAGCUGCUAUUUAUAACAAUUUGUAUAAUCAGGUUGUGACCACUUGUCAAGAUGGCACUGUAAAUAUGUGGAUGAUUGAUAAUGGACAAAAAGUCAAACAAUUUACCAAUUGCCAUGGCAACCAUGAAAUUACAGCACUUGCUUUUGAUGACAAUGAAACACGGUUUCUGACCGCAAGUACAGAUGGCACAGUGAAAAUUUGGGAUUUUAAUGGUCAUUGUCAUCAUCUUCUAAUGGCAGGUCGUGAUAAUCCAGCAGAUAUAGCACAGGUUGUUGUGAUGAAAAGAUCAAUAUUGGCGAUAGGGUGGGAUAGGUACAUUACUGCUUUUCGAUCUAUGAACAUGACACAAUAUCAUUUGCAGUCGGUCGACUGGAAAGGAGGCCAAGAGCAUCAGGACGAUAUUCUUUCAGCAGCGUAUUCUUCACCCACUACUCUUGCGACGGGAAGCUAUGAUGGUGAAAUUAUAAUUUGGAAUACUCAAUCCGAGCAUGUAUCAAGAAAACUACAAGCUAGAUGUCGUCAAAGAUGGGCAAAACGUCCUGUGACCGGUGCAGAAAUAGAAGCAAUUUCUCGUCCAACAACAUCUGAGAGUCAAACAAGUGAAUUGGAGUUUAGUUUUGUCAUAUCUUCUCUUGUCUUCUUGAAAACAAGGAUGAAUGGAGGGAACCCUACUGGUACUUGUGCCGACCUCGUUUCAUGUGGUGGAGGAGGCUGGGUUCGAUUUUGGAAUGUUAAUCAAACAAAUUUAAUGUCUGAGUUUGUUGCUCAUUCUCAUGCAGGCAACGCGAUAUGUGCCACAGAUUCAGAAGAUCAUUAUCUCAUAACUGGUGAUAGCGAUGGGGCUAUUAAAGUCUGGUUUAUCAAAAAUUAUUUGAUGAAUGAUUCUGGGCACUUGGUGAGUGAUCCUCCACCUGUACAUGCAUCUUGGCAACCGCAUGCAGAUGCUAUAAAUUGUAUAAACACCUGUAAAAGAAAUGAUCGAUUGUUAGUGAUUACCGCAUCAUCAGACUGCAGUGUAUCACUCAGUGAUAUACAUGGAAAUCACAUAGGUGAAUUUGGGCAAGAUCAACACUGGAGAAUCGAUGUAAUUCCACAAGAAAAAUCUGAGGAUGAGGAAGAGAAUGUCGAUUCUGAUUUGGCAACAGAUAAGGAAGAACAAGUUGGGGAAAAUGAUGUAACCAAUGAACAACCUGAAUUCAUAAUGAGUUUAGAGUCAAAAGAUGAUUUCAUUUACGAUCCAGAAUUUCGUGCAAGCACUUGGGAUUCUACCGUCCUUGGCAAAGCAUAUCAGGAAAGUAGACUGAACAAACGUGAAAGAAAGCAGCCAAGCACAAUUAACGGUUACAAAGAACAUAUUGAAGAAUCUGCAGUUGGCCCCUAUGGCAUUCUUGAUUAUAAUGACCUAGCACCGAUGCCAAGUAUGAAAAAGCCAGAUUUUACUCACCCACAUAAAUAUUUUGGCGAAAAGCAAGUUAAAGGUUCUGGCAAGAAGGAGGAAUUUGAAGAAGCUCCUGUUAUAAAGGAAGCAAGAGGUAUGCUAAAAGCUGCUUUUGAUGAAAGAACUCUUUUUCCUAAAGAGCUUUUAGACUUUGAGGCACAGGUGAGAAAUGAGCAUGCUCAGAAACUGAGAAGUAGUAUGGCGAUCAAGAAGAAACCUGUAAGCAUUUUGAAGUCAUUUGUGUCUAGCAACCUUAUGACAGGUUCUACAAAUAGUCUUGGUGGCUCAAAAAUGGGGAGCAGAAUCGGUUCAUCAAUUCAAGAUAAAAGAAAUGUAGCAAAGCGUAUACCUAGCACAAGCACACUUAAUAUGGGAGUAGAUCCUGGAAAAAUGUCCGGAGCAUCAUUUUCUAAAGUUUCCUAAUUCUAAUUUGUUACUGUUUGUUAUAAAUACCUACAACUGGCUUAUCAUGUUCCCACUGUUUUUGAGUAUGUUUUACUGAAUUUUAUAUCUAAAUCAUUGCACUGUUUUCCAAAUUACUGACAUAUUUUAAUAAAUGAGAUGUUUUUUUACAUUUAUUCAAUCAAAGUUUGAUGGUAACUACAGUUUCCUCAUUUUAUAUUAUUAUUUUGUGCUUCACUUGACAGAGGUCACAUACUAAAUAGAUUUUACUUCUUUCUUUGUUGUUUCAAGGUAAAUAUUUUUUUAUGUUAUGUCACAAUAGAACAAAACUGGUUUUGGAUAUAUUCAAGGAAAUGUUUCACGGCAAUGCUUAAUGUUAUAAUUUUAUGACAAAUUCUUGUAUAUUAUUAUACCAUUAAAACUGAAAUUUAAAAACUACAGUAUUUUGGUGAAUAAAUCAAAUAUUGC